CCAGUGGUGACCGUGGCGACACUGGAGACAGUGGAAAGAAAGAAAGCGCGGGCAAGACCGCGACAUCCUACGGGGCUCCUUGACCAGGACAAGAUCGCCGGCUAUUUUAUUCUCGUUCUCGCGAGACCGUUAGGCGUAGAGCUGAUUUCAGUACUUCUUGUUUGGAACAAGGGACGAAGCCACUUUCCACCUGGACGAUUUCGUUGAAACUCCCGGAGCGCCCGUCCCGAGGGCACGGCGGCUGGGGAACGCGCCCGACACUCCACUAACACGAAGAAGAAGAAACGCAGUUUUGCGGUUUCCCGCGAUCGGGAUGCCGGUUGACUGAAGAUGGCCUCACCGACACCCUCGCUGGAAUCGCGCGCAAAUUCCCUCGGCUCCUUGGCCUCGCUGUCCCCCUUGACGGUGAGCGACAGCUCGCCACCAGCCAGCGACUCCGCGAUCUGCGACGUCGACAGUUGCGACCUCUGCCUGGACGCGAAACCCGGGGACGCGCCCUGUCCGCACUGCUGCCGCCUGGGGGGUGGAGGCGUGCGUUGCACCGGCUGCAAGUCGACCGAAUCGGACGCUGUAGCGCGUUGCUUCGACUGCGCCAAUUUCCUGUGUCCGAACUGCGUGAUGGCCCACCAGUACAUGCACUGCUUCGAGGGCCACCGGGUCCUCAACCUGGCCGAGUCGAAGGUGGAGGAACCGAAGAGCAACUUGGUGAUCAACGGAGGCAACGGGGAGAAGGCCCUCUUCUGCCUCCGACACAAGACGGAGCUGCUAAAAUACUUCUGCAGAGCGUGCACCGUUCCGGUGUGUAAGGAGUGCACGAUCACGGACCACCCCGGACCGCUGCACGACUGCGCCCACAUCUCCGAGGUGGGGCCCCAACAGCUGGAAGCGGUAGCGAGGGCGGUGCAGGAAUGCAGGGCCAAGGCCGCGGACGUGAGGAGUGCGGUCAAGGCCGCGGACCACGGGGCGGCCAGACUCCAGGUCCAGUACCACAAGGCCCAGAACGAGAUCAACGACACCUUCCAGUUCUAUCGGUCGAUGCUCGAGGAGCGCAAGCAGGAACUCCUCAAGGAGCUCGAGUCGGUCUUCUCGGCUAAGCAGAUCUCCCUCGGAAUCGUGACGCAGAAGGCCAACGAGACCGCCGACAAGAUCCAGCAGACCUGCGAGUUCGUCGAACGGUUGACCAAGUACACCACCGUGACCGAGGUGCUGAUGGUGAAGAAGCUCCUCGACUCCAAGCUACAGCAGCUGCUCAGUUACACGCCGGACGUGGCCAGCCAGACUGCGGACCUCGAGUUCGUGAGCAACUAUCAGGCGAUCCAGGUCGGCGUGAGGAACACCUUCGGGUACAUCCGCAGCAGCAGCGAGGGCAACGCGGGGCCCAGCAAACAGCCGCCCAUCGCGCGGCCCACCGCCCUCUCGAGCGGAAGCAGCAGCGCCGGAAGCGGACCCGGCAGCGCCGGCUCCCUCGGCGGUCUUCUCCUCGACCGGCCCUACAGCAACGGCCUGGUUUCCUCCAACUCGAACUGCGUCUCCUCGACCUCGCCCUCCUCGUUCGAGAGCAACGUCAUCUCCAAGAGGUUCAGCUCGGCGAACAGCCUCGGUCCCUUCUCGACGACCAUCAGCGACCUUAACCUGAACGGCAUGAAUAACCCCUACGAGAAGUGGAGCAACGGCGGCAGCGACACCUUCCCCGUCGGAGCGAACGAUCACUUCCCGAUGCCGGCCGCGCCCGCCGACUCCGUCCUCGACCUGACCUCGAAGCUCGUGCCCGCGGCCAUCUUUCCGCUCAAGUCGCAGAUCAAACGACAAAAGAUGAUUUACCACUGCAAGUUCGGCGAGUUCGGAGUGCUGGAGGGCCAGUUCACGGAGCCCUCGGGGGUGGCGGUGAACGCCCAAAACGACAUCAUCGUAGCGGACACCAACAACCACCGCAUCCAGAUAUUCGACAAGGAGGGCAGGUUCAAGUUCCACUUCGGCGAGUGCGGUAAGCGGGACGGUCAGCUGCUCUACCCGAACCGCGUGGCCGUGGUCCGCAACUCGGGCGACAUCAUCGUCACCGAGCGCUCGCCCACCCACCAGAUCCAGAUCUACAAUCAGUACGGCCAGUUCGUGCGGAAGUUCGGGGCGAACAUUCUCCAGCACCCCCGAGGCGUUACCGUCGACUCGAAGGGUCGCAUAGUGGUGGUCGAGUGCAAGGUGAUGCGCGUCAUCAUCUUCGAUCAGGCCGGCAACGUCCUCCAGAAGUUCGGGUGCUCAAAGCACCUGGAGUUCCCCAACGGCGUGGUCGUAAACGACAAGCAGGAGAUAUUCAUAAGCGACAAUCGCGCCCACUGCGUAAAGGUGUUCAACUACGAGGGCGCCUACCUGCGCCAAAUCGGUGGCGAGGGCAUCACGAACUAUCCGAUCGGCGUGGGCAUCAACGCCGCCGGAGAGAUCCUGAUCGCCGACAAUCACAACAACUUCAACCUGACCAUCUUCACCCAGGACGGCCAGCUGGUCUCCGCCCUCGAGAGCAAGGUCAAGCACGCCCAGUGCUUCGACGUGGCCCUCAUGGACGACGGGUCCGUCGUGCUGGCCAGCAAGGACUACCGACUCUACAUCUACCGCUACGUCCAGGUCCCGCCGAUCGGCAUGUAGAGACGAUCGUCCCGAACGUAGGCGAGCCACCGCGCGCGCUCAGGCUCGACGACCGGCUCGCUCGCCGAUCGCUCGCCGACCGAAGAACCGCCGGCAUGGCCUUCGUUCAGGACACGGCCCCAGAAGUCAGGGGGCGCGAGAGAGGGCACCUCGGUGCGCGGCCGCCCUGGCGAAGGACCCGCGCCCUGCCAGCUCGCGCCUCGCCGAACUAACGCGAGGAGGACGCGUGCGUCGGAUCCGACGCGAGACGACCACGGAGACUACUUACGCACCGAACAUUUUACAUACACACACUUACCCCCGUAUAUACUUACUUACAUACACGCACACGCGCGAAACUUACUUGUUAAUGUUGUUAUAACUGAAAAUACUGUUGUUGUUGUUUAGUUGUAGAGCUCGCCGCCGCUAGUCACUUUUUUCCUUCCCCGCCCCUCGCCCCACCCCGUCUCCCUAUAAAGUCCCGCGCUCCUUUUGCCCCACCGCCAUCGCUCUCGAACCCCGAUCAUCCCCGACCAUCCCCGUCCUUUUCGGCUUCGAGAUAAGUUCCCGUCACGGUUCUAUCGCGCGCUACGCGUCGUUCCUCGCACCCUGGUCUCGUCCCUCGAUCGGCCAAUCGAUCCCUCCACCCUUCCGCGCGAUCGACGGACUCGAUCCCGACCCGCUCCCCCGACACCCUCUCCUAGACCCACACGCGCGCAACGCCGUCGUCGUUCCUAGGUGAUCAAGUGUAUUUAACGAGUUAACAACCUGGAUACGACGGAGAUCAGCGCGAGGUGCAUUUACGAAGUACGAUCUAUAUAUCCGUAUGGACACGUAUACGUGUAUCUCUGCAUAUAUUUGUCCAUAUAUAUAUAUGUAUGUAUAUGUAUUUGUAUUCAAAGUAUCGCUACCCCUAAUUACCGCGCGCUCGCGUGCGCUACUUGUCGUGCCAGAUGACACGUAUUUCGGAGAGGUACAGGACGCUCGGACCGGGAACUCCGUAUCGGGCACAACGAUCCGCGAAGCCGCGUCCCGGUCGACUCUCGGAUCGGGUCCUGGACCCUCCGGCUGCUCUCGCGGAACUCCUCGAAGAGGGCGCUUCCGGUACCCGGAGAGACCGGCCCCUUCCGGGUCCCCACUCGGGCACCGCGCGUUCGCCGUUGGAAACGCUCCGGCUCAGUAUUAAGAAAAUUGUGCACGCCGAUCUACGCAUGCGCUCCUAUUGUUUAAGCCUAGCUUAAUUCCUGCUCGCAUACAUGCCCGGCCGACGCCCGAUUUUAGUUGACAUUCGACGGCCACCGAGCGAUCGGACGCCGCGACUUCGAGAGCGUCCUGCCUGCUGCGUCCUUUUUUCUCUCCUCUUCUCUCCGUCUCUUUCAUUUCCUUUUCCUUUUUUUUUAAUUAUGUAGCUUAUCAUAGUACGUAGAUCGUAGUUGAAUUUGAUCGUAACGAGUAAGGACUCCUCCUAUCUUUCGUUUGCAUUUCUCCCCGCGACUUCCUCGCCCACAGCUUUUCGUCGCGUGCGCCUUCAGCAUCUCCGCAUUUAAACCGUGCUGUGCUUCCGGAAGGUCCAAUAUCAAUUCAACGGUAGUGUUUUCUGUUUCUCUAUCUCUCUCUCUCUCUUUCUCUCUCUCUUCAUUCGAACAUAUAGUAUUAAUAUAUUUUGUUGGAUGAGCCGCGACGCGCGCGGGAUGGACCCGUGCUCCGGUUUCAUGCAUGUUUGCUAUUUACAAUAUUAUUAGUAUUAUUGUAUUAUUAUUAUUAUUAUUAUUACUAUUAUUAUUAUUAUUGUAUUAUUAUUGUAUUAUUAUUGUAUUAUUAUUUUUAUUUUUAUCUACUCACUCCGAUGAUGUAUCACUGCCUCAAGACACUUCGGGGCAAGGCGUUGGAAACUCUUCGCCACUCGCGUUUUGCAUCGCGUUCUCGAUAUACGGCGGUGGAUGAAUUCUCAACGUCGAAGGUUGAAAAUGUAUAUUCGUAAAAGGAUGAGGGAAAAAUCCUCGAGGAUCGGUCUACCCUAGCUGGCAAUCGGGAAUCCUGGGAAUUUUCGGGGAGUUAGAGAAUCGAAAUGUAGUCUCGGUUUAGGAGGUGAUCGAUCGACUGUUUAAUAGUCGCUUUUGGAUGAUGGACGUCGGCGAAGAAACGCGUCCUCUCCCGGAAAUCCCGGAAGGUGCUUUGCCACAGUCCGAGAUUUCCGGGAACGUCUGGAUGCCUGUUGGAUGGGAAUUAAAACGAAUCGUUGUAGCCCGGAAUUCGAUGGGAAUUCAACGUUAGUCGCGGAUGGACCUCUCGGUAUGUGGAUCCUCCUCGGGUUCGACCUCGUUUGAACCGUUCGAGGUGGCGGAUCGCAAAACGUCCUUGGAUGUCCUUGCUCCGGAUACACGUAGGGGUGCAUUACCCGGCGGAAAUCGAUCUCGAAACCGGAGCGAGGACGUGACGGGACGCGACCGGACUCCUCCUCGUCGGGACUUCAUACGACCCCGUAGUUCUUUAUUUCGAAUUCAAGACCCGUCCGGCCAUUCGCCGGAAGUCGAGGUGUAUCGGCCACGUCGAUUGGUGCGUCGAAAUUCCCGGCUUGGUCCCCUCGGUUUCCGGGAUACGAAUAAGUAAUGCGCUGGCGAGGGGUGUCUCCAGUGGAUGCUGAUCCUGGAAUUAAUUCGGCAGCACCUCGCGCGACAUUCGCGGGACCACCAAUUAGUAUGUCAAGGACGCUGGGGAUGUACUUGAUGCACCCUAAGUACGCCCUGCAGAUGUCGUAUCUCGAGGGUGAUUAAAUUGAAAUAUCCCUAAGACGCGACCCAGCGAUCCCCCUUUGGAUGAUCGUGUCUUAUCACCCCCCUCGUUGGAAUUCGGGACCCGUUCGACGGUUUGGGAGAAAUUGAUGAUAACGUUUCCGCGGAUACUCCUAAAUUAUUUCCCACUCUUCACUGCGGAACUUUAUUACCGCGCAAUCGAUUUACCCCAAAAUGGCCGUCUUCGUCUUGUCUCGGGUUCGUACUUCAUUCGCAUGAUCCUCCAUGGACGUGUCUAGGACCAAUCGAUACCUUCAUUAUGUGCAUCUGGCUUAGGUCUUCCAGACUUCGUUUUUUCCUGAUAAUUACGUUGAAAUAUCUUCAGGACGUGGUCGAACUAUUUCUCAGGGGUUGAGCGAUCAUCCCCUAAGCCGAAUUCGAUUCGCGUUACCGGCUCAAUGGGUAUCAGUAGGACGCGAUUCUACGGAUAUGAUGUAUCCACGAAUGUAGUAAAAAAUUACCUUCAUUACCGCUCCUCGACCCAUCACUAAUCAACUAGCUUAGGGUGUCUUGCAAUGACGAAUGGUCUUGAAAUUAAUUUCCCCGCGUCUCAUGCAAGAUGUUUGCUAUAUAGAAGGCACUUUGAUGCAUUGGUACGUCGCAUAAAUAUCUUGUGGGUAUUCUAUUCUAAUGGCAAUUAAUCAGAAAUUCAUCGAUUUGAUCUCUUAUUCCGAAAUUUUUCCGCCGAGGAUAUUUAGCUUCGCCCUAACACUGAAGAGUAAACUGAUAAUUAAUUUAGAAUAUCAACGUGAGUAAAUUACCUUUGAAUUAAUUCACCUCAUGUGAAUUCUGUAUGGUGUUAGAUGAUGGUCUUAAUCGCUUCAGAGUGUCUUCAAACGCCAAGUCCACAUCCUGGACAUCAUGCGGUAAUUGAAUUGAAACAGAGGAAAUUAAUCUCCCUAUCCUUAAAACUAGAGAAUUCCUAAGGAUUAAACGGGAUAGGAUCAUUAAGCGAAUUUCCUUACAAAUAAAAUACGUAAUAUUGGAAUAGAAAUUGCUCGGACUAUCCGUUUCGACGUCUUCGGAAUAAACUGCCGUACAUAUAGUUCGCGUUCUACAUCUAAAUCAAUUCGACAUGUAAAUUACAUUGCGCCCGGGUACGGCUGAAGAUUCCAAAUUUACUGUAAAAAUGACUAGGAAUUUCAUCAAUAGCAUUGAAAUUACGCCUGCAUUGUCUGAUAGCGAGAAUCAAAUGUUAUGGCAAUCGACACUACCGAGAUGCACGCAGUCCAAUUAUUGCUAUUGUGAAUUUAAAUGAAUUUUGUCAUCGAGCAAAAAAGAAUAUCUAGGGUCCAAAAGAUUUCAAAAUUCAAUAUCGAUGAAAGGAAGGAAAAUCGAGGAAAUGUGGGGUGCGACAAAAUGCGUCAGGAUAGAGAUCUAGGAUUAUUCGCGUCUUUCGCUAAACUAGAAUCUAGAAUUAAUAAGGAUUAUUUUUCAAGGUCGCACUUAGGAGGUUCGCGUCCGUCGGUUACAUCUUCCAAGCCUUUUCUUUUCCUUUUACCCACGAUAGUUCCGGCCUCAAGUCCUCCGGGAAGUAAAGAACACAUCCGGGAGGACUUUGUUGCAUUUUCGUGUUCCUUUUUAAACAUGGACUCAGGAUGUAACCCGGCGAACCCCUGGGCGACUUUGACGUCUCCGUGAUCUCCCUCGUGGCUCGUUUCCCCGGGGAGAUAAAUGAAAUUUGAAAAAUGAAAUUUCGCCAAACAGUUCCCCUACCAAUCUGGUUCUGAGCGCUCUGGUUUCCAUUAGUCUCCCCUUCGAUCAGAAGCGAAAGCCGCACCCUUGGAUGAAAGGGCCAAGGGUGGGAUUACGGUUCCAGUGUCAGCUAGCCGUUAAAAAAAACCGGCGAAAGGGAAAAAUCAUUGCGCGGGAUUAAAGUGGCGGAGAGGAAUUGCGAGAAGAGUCUAACUCCUUGCUCGAAAAGUUAUUCCGGAAAAAAAAAAAAAGAAAACAACGGAAGCCCGAACGCGAAAAGUGACGCGUGCCUCCCAGCAUGCGACUGACCAAUGCGUGCGCCACACGCGCCACAUACACACACACACAACGGCACACAUGCGCCCUACACAUUACGGACACGCGAGGUACAUGCAUACCCAUGGACUCUCUAUCUCUUUUGUAUGGUUUGUUACGUUAUUAUUUUAAUUGAUACAACCCAAUUGUUCUUAAUUUAAAUGUGAAUCGUAUUUUUUGUUUGUUUUUUCUAGUUAUUUUUUGUUGUAAAAUGCUUUUUAAUAAUAUUUUCAGUUCACAUUACGACACGAGGUUUGUCUCGUCUUUAUUAUUUCGCAUUACCUGCCUCGCUACCCCUCUACCUCUCCUGUUCCUUCUCGGUUCAUUCGUAUUGACGAGAACAAAGCGUUUGGGGAUGACAGACUUUGUUCCGGU